AUGGUGAGGAUGAGUGGGAAGUUGAAAAAAUUAAAACGGGUCCUGAGAAAGUGGAAUGUGGAAGUCUAUAGCAGGGUGGAGUUGGAGUUAAAAGCGAUUGAAGAGAAUCUGAUUGCUCUAGAACAUAAUGUGAUUGAUAAUUUUUCCCAACAAGUUGAGGUUGAGUUACUGUUUUGUAAGCAGAAACAUCUUCAAAUUUUGCAUCGCCAAGAAAUUUUGGGAUGCCAAGAAUCGAGGAUUAAAUGGCUUAAGGAAGGUGAUUCAAAUAUGGCGUUCAUUCAUACGUCGUUAAAAUGCAAGAGGAAGAAUAAAACUAUUGACCACAUUCAACUUGAAGAUGUGGGCAUUCUUACCUCAACAGAUGACGUGCAUAGUGGUGCGGUGAAUUAUUUUCACGAACUGUUGUCAACGUCCAUGGUUUCGGAGGAUGUGGAGGUUAUGGAGUUAUUAACUCCCUCUAUUUCAGACGAGGAGACUUUGUUUUUGUAUAGGGCUCCAGUGAUGGAGGAAGUGAAGGAGGCUCUUUGGUCAAUUCCUCAAGAUAGCAGCCUAGGACUUGAUGGGUUUGCGAAUUUCUUCGGCAAAAAAUAUGUUGGUGACGCUCAUCUGGCCUCAGUAUGUAAUCAGCGGGGUACUAAAUUUUGGAAGGGGGUUAUGGCUACGCUUCCUUUGCUGAUUAUGAAAUCAAAGUACUUGGUUCGUUGUGGGGAGAUCAACUUUUGGUAUGAUAAUUGGUUGGGGGAUGGACCGUUGGUAGAAACUAUAGAGGUGAGGGGAGUUCCGUCGUUGCAAGUCCAUUCGGUUUUUGUGCAUGCUAGAUGGGAUGAAGGGUAG